AUGGGCUGUGGUGGUUCCUCGGAGGCGAAAUAUGCGGCAAGCUAUCAGGCUGUGACAGGAAGUUCACCACAGGCUGCCACCAAGGCCACCCCGAAGGCCACCCCGAAGGUCACCGAGCAGGACAAGGCUCAGGCUGCCCCGCAAGCGGCGUCGCAAGCCUCACAGGCAUCCACGGAGGAUGGUGGUGCUGCAGGGGGGGAAACUCCCGAAGAGCCCGAGGUGGCAGAAGGAUUGGAGGCGCCACUGGCUUGGUGGAGCAUCCACACAGAUUGGAUUCGAGAUAGUUCCCAUGAGAUUCUUGCUGCCUACAACUUCUUCUUUGAGCACAUUGGCAUUCGAAAAGGUUGGCGGACACCUCCCUUCAAAAGAGAGGAUGUGCAGGGGCCCUUCAUGGCUGCAGCGGAAGUGGUGGCGGUUGUGCGGCAUCGAAUCGAUGAGAUGGGACAGGGCAUGGUGCUACGACAACUGGAGGGCUCCUCCCAUGACUUUCUCUGGGGCUGGAGCCCGGAAAAGGCGCCCAGCCAGGCACCCCACCUCCCCGACUUUUUCCGUGGUCUGGUCUUCGCCACCAUGAGCGAUGCCAACGGCCUCGUUGAAGGGCUCGAUGAUGCGACCCUGGACUACUAUGUCCAAAGCCAUCCCAUCUUAGAGUCUUCAACGGUGCUGGAACGGAUUGUCACGGAAGACGUCCUGAAGAAAGGUCCAGCUGAGCCCAUCGCAGAGUCGGCGGCCGAGGUAGAAGCGAAGCCCGAGCCAGCCAAGAAGACAGAAGUUGAGGCAGUCGCGGAAGGCGAAAGCACCGAGAAGAAGGAGGAAGCAACCGAAAAGCAGGAGGCGGCCAAGGAGCCGAAGGCUGCCGCGGUGCCGGCCGAGGCUGCCGCAGUGCCGGCCGAGGCUGCCGCGGUGCCGGCCGAGGCUGCCGCGGUGACGAAGCCUAGUGAGGGCGAUGCGAAGGCUGAGACGCAGGUGAGUAGCACUGAAGUGGCGAGAUCACCCAGCACUGCUUGGGAUGUAUCUCGUUCUCCAAUGACAGAAGUGCCAAAGACUCCGGCUGAUGGCUCCCUGGGGACCGGGGAGCCCCAUGGAUCCCCAUGGCUGCAGGAGCCAUUGGCAAAAUCCGGGCCGGAGCUCUUCCGUGAGUUGAAGCGCAUCUAUGCAGUGGCCCAGGUCGAGGACUACUUCAAGAAUGGAGUUUGGAGAGAUGAUUUGAUGCGCACAGACCUGCAGCUGAUUGCAGUCCAUCGACGGGAGGCAGGGGCGCCAGAACCGCCGGAGGUGUCGGAGGUGGAACUGCCACCUUUGCCACCUGGAGCGGCGGCAGCCGCCUCUGCGACAUCAUUGGCAGCUGCAUCUGGACUAGGAGACUCUGUGGCAGAUCUCCGGCUGAUUGCAUUAUUUGUCGCCAAGUGGAAAUUGGAUGUGGCGGCCACCAAGAAAGCCUUAAUCAAGUUGCUGCCAAUGAGGCGUCGCUACGUCAUGGCCCAUUUCAAAGCCAAGGGGGGGCCUGAUGUCAAUGAGGAGCUUGAGCAGUACAUCCAGGAGUGUAGCUCCACGAACUCAUGGGCUGCCAUGGUGCAGAAGCCAACAACCAGCUGGCCGGUGGCUUCGAGUGUUAAUGGAGGCAUGGGGCUCCCCCCCGGCGCGAACAGGAUGAGACCUCCGCUCACUAUCACACCACGAAAGCCAGGACUGACCAACUCUGCGGGAGUCAUUGCCACCAGCAUCUCGCAGAGGCUGGCAGCCAUCCGUGCUCAAGCAAGGCCUGCUGGAAUGGUUCAGAGAGCACCAAUGGGCGGCGGCAUAGGCAGCAGUGGGGCGGUUGAUACGGCAGAGCUACGCCUGGUGAAUCUCUUUGUUGCCAAAUGGAAGUUGAACCCCGGGCGGGCCAGGGCCGCCUUGAGUAAAGUGCUUCCCCUCAGGCGGCGUCAAGUCAUCGCAAGCUUCCGAGUUGAAGUCGGCCGUGGUGACGUGAACGACCAGCUUGACAGGUAUAUCAGCGAACGCCAAGCUAAUGGCUGGGAUGCCACGCGAAAUGGCAGCGUUGGCGUGAAACGUCCAAUCUCUGCCGUGAGUGCAGCUUCCACUGGUUUUGAUCCCAACAAGAGGAUACGGCCGAUUACGGCGCCACGCUCGACGGGCGUGUCCUCUCCACGCCCUGUGAAUCCAGUUGCGACGCCAAGGACAACCCUUCCAGCUGGCCCAAGGCCCCACGGUGCCGGUCCAUCACUGGUGCUGGCACGCCCCACCCGUCCCAGCGGCCCUCUAACCCGGACACCGGCGCCCACCAUGCGCCCGGUGCGGCCGCUGUCGGCGGUGCGCGGCAGCGUUGGGAGCAUGGCGCAUCUGGCUCCACGGGCCCCAAUUGCACCAAAGGCACGGCCGGUGGCGAGGCCAACAGGUCCGAACGUGCGCUCCCCCUACAGGCCAACCAGCCCUGGGCCAGCUUCGCGGCCAAUACGGUCAGCCAGCGCGCCCAUAUUCCAAACGACCAGGUACAAAUAA